UCUCUCUUCUUCCUUCUUCCCUUGUGCACUGCACUCACACUAGCUACUGGAACUGUUUGCUCUCCUCAAUCGAUCUCCUGCUUACGUAGCCUAGCCACCACAGGAGAGGAGGUCAUCUUCUUCCUUGAGCGAGCUCACUGUUCUGAACAAACUCGAUCAUACUGUUCUAGCUAGUUGUUUAUAUAGAUAUUGAGUAGAGGUAGGUAUGGCGAUGCCUGCCCUUCCUCCUGGGUUCCGCUUCCACCCCACCGACGAGGAGCUGAUCGUGCACUACCUCAUGAACCAGGCCGCCUCCGUGGCCUGCCCCGUCCCCAUCAUCGCCGAGGUCAACAUCUACAAGUGCAACCCAUGGGACCUUCCUGCCAAGGCGCUGUUCGGCGAGAAGGAGUGGUACUUCUUCAGCCCCAGGGACCGCAAGUACCCCAACGGCGCUCGCCCCAACCGCGCCGCCGGCUCCGGCUACUGGAAGGCCACCGGCACCGACAAGGCCAUUCUGGCAACCUCCACUCGCACCAGCCACAGCAUCGCCGUCAAGAAGGCCCUCGUCUUCUACAAGGGCAAGCCCCCCAAGGGCCUCAAGACCGACUGGAUCAUGCACGAGUAUCGCCUCACACCCGCAUCACCUGCUAACUGCAACACCCCAAAGCAGCGUAGAGGAUCCUCCUCCAUGACCAUGAGGCUGGACGACUGGGUGCUGUGCAGAAUCCACAAGAAGAGCAACGACUUCAGUUCCUCUGACCAGCAAGAGGAGCAGGAUCAGCCAGAGGGCUCAACUGUCGAACAGCAAGAAGACAACAAUUCUUGCUCUGAAUUAGCUCCUACUUCUGAGCACAACGAGCAGCCAUCGUUCCAGCCCAUGGCGGCGUCGAGCAUGAGCAAGUCAUGCUCUCUCACCGAUCUCCUCAACACCAUCGACUGCGCCGCGCUCUCGCAGCUGCUCCUCGACGGCUCAUCUGACAUGGUAUCAGAGCCACCUGCACCUCCGAGCCCCCUAAUAUAUACUAAUCCAUGCCAAACACAAACAGUACUAACCUAUAACAUGAACAACAACAACAACAUUCCAAGCGUCCUCGAGGCACGUCUAGAUCAUCAUGAUGGUUACGUUAACAACUACCAUGGCCUGAGGAGGAAGAGGAUGAUGGCGUGUAGUAGUGGUUCUACUUCCUUCGAUGAUGGCAGUGAGUUUGUGCAGCAAGUUGCGAAGAAACAGCUGCUGCCAAGUGGUUCAAGGGGCAGUGGUUUUGGAGGAGGCUACUGCAACCAGCAGCUUGCAGAGACCACGACUGCCUUUCAGUUUCAGAGCAGCAAUCUGCUGAGCCAUCCAUUCCCUCUGAACCAGCAGCAGCUGCUUCUCAACAAUCACCUGCAGAUGCAGUAGUAGAUGACCUAUUUACAAAUCGACCUGAAGAGAAGUGCAUUACAACGAAUUAAGCUAGUACGAUUCAGAGAGAGAUUAAGCUGAGGGAAGAUACUGAUUGCUCCAUUUGGAUUUUCUUUUGUGGAGAUGGUAUGACAGAUAGACAAACAGAGUUCUUGCUGUAACCGAUGCAAGGAAAGAUUCAGAAUUCUUCCUAUGCAAAUUAUGAGUAAUUCGUUUUCACUUUCAUGUACAAGAAUGUAAAUUAUAAAUGGUAAUAUUAUCGUGCAAGCUACUACUAGUACUCAAGGCAAUUUAUGAUAAUCAUUAACUAUCCACGUCUCCUAAUUAAA